AUGCCCUCGGUCCCCACCCCCUCCAAAGCCGGCAUCGUCGAAACUCAAACGGGCGAUCGUCACAUUCCCUCCUCCACGCGCGCCGACGGUACAAAGCGCAAAGAAAUAAAAAUUCGUCCAGGCUACAAGCCCCCCGAGGAUGUCGAAGUAUACAAAAACCGUACAGCAGAAAACUUCAAGAAUCGUGCUAGUAGAGGUCCACCUGGUGCUGAGAGUUUAAAAGACGAAUCAACUACACCGGGGUCAGCAGCUAGCAACAAAAAUGCAAAGAGGAGAGAGGCAAGGAAGAAGGCUGCUGAGAAUGCAAAGGAUGGGAAUGGGGACCUGAAGGGAAGUCAAGCGGACAACUGGAGGGAAGGGAAGCAAAAUGUGGAUGGGGAAGAGGAAAAGAAAGAAGAGGUUGAUCUGGAAGCGGAGAGGGAGAAGAAAGCUAGAAAUUUGAAGAAGAAACUAAAGCAGGCCAAGGAAUUGAAGGAAAAAAGUCAACAAGAUGGUGCAAAAUUGUUACCAGAGCAAUUUGCCAAGGUUAUCAAGAUCAAUGAGUUGAUCAGGGAAUUGGAUCAGCUUGGGUUCGAUGCCGAUGGGGAGCCAAAAGCUAAGAACGAUGCGAAGGAUACCGCAACUACGGAAGAGGCAUUGCCAACAGAGGACGCGAAGGAGUGA